AUGCUGAGCUCCGCCGGAUACUUCCAGCUCGUGCAAUGCCCCUUCUGGCAGGAGCCGGGGGGCUGUCAGCGGCCGUACUGCCACUUCCGCCAUGUGCCCCCCGCGGGGGCCGGAGACAGGCCGUGCGCUCCCUCCCAGGCGGCUUCCUGCCCUCCCAAGGAAGUCCUGGGUAAGGGUGGAUGUGGCCCACUGUGACUGUGUUCUACAUUACCAGCUCUAUCUGCAUGUGUGUCACAUUCCAUGGAACGUGGAGCUCUGUAACAUGCUAGAGAACAUGCUCUGAUUCCAUGAGCUCCUGUCUCCGGGCUGUUACAAUAAGGGUUUUACAUUGGUCUCAGUGCAGACAGCAGUUCAGUGAUCGCCUUACUCUAGUGCUGUAUGAAUACUUUAAUAGUUACUCGGUCAGCAGUAUUGAAUGGGUUAAGCCGGGCUGACAAAUCCCAGGUCGCCGUGGCGACAAGGAAACUUGUACUGGCGCCUGGGAUUUGUGAGCCUGUUCAGCCCCAGAGGUGACUGCCUGCCUGAGAGCAUUGGCUGGCAGAUCUUAGAGGGCUCUGGCAAGCAGAGGUGAGGAUAGGGGAGGCUGUCCCCUGUAUUGCUGAGGCAGGUAUGGAGGGCGGCGGGCACCUGGCUCAUGGAGAGCUGAAGGAUGGAGGCGGGCGGCUGACUUAGUGUUGAGGCAGAGGGAACUGUAAUCUCCCUGCUCAGCUCCUUUUGUGUUCCUUGCAGUGAUAAUGGAAGCCUGGUUAUGUCACUCUGGCCCCCCUGGCUCACUAAAUGGUGCGCAGAGGGAAGAGUAGGGAGAUGACAGCAGCCCCACUGUACCCACAGGGAAAGCCUAUCCACUCCAUCUCUCCAGAGGUAGGGCAACUGGGUGGAUUUAAAUAAAUUAAUACUUGUGUCUGUGGGUGUGUUCCCUCCAAUCCCAUGUGAAAGGUGUUUUUUUGCUCACCUUUAACACGCCGUGCUGGUGACGUCGCAGCUGUCCCCACCUCCAUUGUUGAGAUCAUCAAUCUUGACGAUCUCAGCCAAUCCAAUGCUUCCCCCGUAGAAAAGCAUUGUGAGACUAUUGCGUGUGCACAGCAGAAUGCCACUGCGCCAAUUUAACUUCUUAUAGAGGUAUGUGGAACAUUAACGUAGGUGCUGUCUGAGUGUCGCUAGAAGUGUCACCAGGCAGCAAUGUAAACUCUGCCUUUUGUCUGAAAAGUCAGUGUUUACAUUGAAAAAUGUUCAGGGACAGGUUAUAGACUUCAGAAAAACUAUAUUACGCUGUAGUGGUUCUGGUGACUAUAUUGUCCCUUUAAGAGUUGUGUUUAUGGCGUUGAUUUCUCUGGCUCCUAGAUUCCAAGCAAAUUUGUCAAGCCCUGGGUCAAGCGCAGUUAAAGGGAUACCUCCGACCCCUAAAGCAGCUAGGCUUAAUGAAAAGCUUUGUGUGAAGAGUUUCCUAUUUUCUCAUUUUGGAAAAAGUGCAGAUUUUAAUAGAAAUUGACACUUUAAGAAAUUUAUAUUGAUUACACCCACUGGCUUUUCAAGCAGAAAACAGGUCCUGUUACUUCCUGGUUUGUUUCGCUUGGUUGCACUGAGCUCCAGAGGCAGCAAUUGCCAAGAGCAAUGAGCUGCAUUUGGGAAGUCUGUGAUUCAGACUUCCCAGUCUGUCUGGUUGGGCUCCCUGUUAGGCUAAUGGUACCUGCUGUCACUAUUGGCCUAGCAGUAGCUCACCGUUAAGAAAAGUGUGAAAUUCCCAUUGAAUUAUAUCAUUUGUUUUCAUAAUGUGAAACCUAACCUGAAUUUAGUUGUCAAAAUAAAAAUUUCAAAUAUGGUUGAAGUUUGUUUGCAGGGAUCCAGUACAUGAUCUUGUAUAUGCUUAACAUCUGUGUGAUAUUUAUAUAUUCUAGGGAAAACCAUUCAAGAACUGGAGAGACUUAAUAAGGCCAUAGAAGCUGUAAAGAAUGAAGUAGAAGAAAAGCAGAAGAAAUUGUUGCAAUACAAAAAUGUGACACAACCUCAAACACAAUUGCCUAUAGUUAAGAUGGAUAGCAAUAGCAAUAUAUCAGCAGGCCUUGAUGACCAAGCUGCCGUCCUAAAAAGAAGUGCAUUGACAACUGACACUAUUGGUUCAUUUAAAAGCGGUUGUGUCCCACAUGAGAAGUAUGUGGUUGAUCGGCGUUGCCCUGCCACUGAUCUGGAGUAUGACCCACUGCUCAACUAUUCUGCAGGCAUUUUUGGAUCUGCCGCAAAAGAAAAUGGAAAGUUUAAAUCAAAACGUUUGAAAUGUGAUGAGGAUUUUGAUAAUACCCCACCCAAGAAAUCUAGGGCUGCAUCUCCAAUUAGGUUAGAGAUAAAACUCCAAGAAUCUGAUGAAGACGAUGUGCUUGUUAUUGAUGCCCCACCUCUACCAGCAGUAGCCAAGAAACAACGGGCAAAAAAGUUUUGUCCAAAUGAAACCAAGUCUGUACACAUAGUUGAAAUAACAGAAGCUGUAGAUAUUGCAGACACUCUGAACAAUGCUGUGGGUAAGAUUGAAUGUGUUUCCAAUUUAGAAAACAAAGUGGAGGUAUGUGAAAAGUCUGAAUUGGAGUCCAAUUCUGAAGCCAAAUCUCCAAAAGAGUCCCUUACAGCCACUGCUGAUUUUGAUGAGAACCAAACACUUAAUUGUAAAAGUGAAACCUUUAUCACAACAGAGUUGGUGACAAAUAUAAAGAGUUCACUUUCACCUGAGCAACAUGAAGGGCAAAGUGAAAAACACUAUUGUCCUUUAAAUUAUGACCAAAACGUUGUGAAUUAUGACCACAUUCCAUUUUCAGAUCCUGAUGUAAUCCCAAAAUAUGAUAUUGAUUUGAAAGAUUUAUUGGUGCCUGAAAAGAUGUUGAAUGAAAGCAGUACCUAUGUUAGCGGGGAAGAAAUCUUAGAGGGAAAUAACUGUGCCAUAACAUCACAAACAUUUGCUUUAAAUAAGUGUGAAACUACAACUGAAUUAAUGACUCCUUCCACAAAGUGUGAAUCUUCGGGUCAAACUGCAUCUCUUGAAAAAGUAAACAAUGUUAUUGUCUUAAAUUCAUCUGAGGAAGAUGCCUCAGAGGACGACUCAGAUUUUUCUGACUCUGAUGACCCAAUGGAAGAAUGCCUGAGAAUUUUCAAUGAAUUUGCAGAAACAAACAAGGAAGCAAAUCAGGUAAAAGUCUAUGAUCUUUUGGUAUUUUCAUCUAUAGGUAUGCUGUGAAACCUGCAAUUUGAUCCUUUUCCAUCCCCCUCUACAUGAUACCACCCCUAACACUUGGUCUCUUAUAGCUCAUAUAUGCAAUAAAACUGCAACGCUGGGAUUUAUUCAUAGGAAUCACAUACCUCCUAAUAGGAUGAAUGGAAUCGGAGUGGGUGGGUCCUGGAAAGUGCUGCAGUGCUUUCUGCAUGGUCCUAGUGCAUUCUGCACAUUGCAUGUGCAUCUAAUAAUGCAUAUGAGCUUGCUGUCUGAAGAUAACUCCCUGGUAUCCCUAGAUGUGGAACACCAGGGAACAAAAUUGGGAAACUGGGAUAGAACCUAAAAAUGACUGUCCUGCCAAAGACGGGACAGCUGGGAAGCCUGUUUAUCCUCAUAUAGGCCACCGUUAAAACAAAGUAAUCUAGUACUGAUGAAUCCUUGUUUAAUUGUAACAUGAGUGUUAGAGGCAUUCCUCAAAUUCAUGACUUUCUUUCAACACGAAUAGUAGUACUCCUGUAAGUACAGGGUUGGAGUGCUGAACUAAAGGAGUCUGUUCAUGUCUUGGUAGCUGGGUAUUUGGUAUACAUUUAGUUAACAGCAGCAUAGCAAGGUCAUUACGUACACACACGUACGGACUAAACUUGUGUUUUACCAUCUUCAGGUUUUCCAGGAUCAGUCUAAACUAGACAUGCCAGAAACAAAGGGAAGUGAUGUUCUUCCUGGACAGAAGAAAAGAAUUGCACAUCCAUCUGCAAAAUGUGAAGUAAGACCAGAUGCUGUAUGUCUUAGCAUUUUGUGCUAUGUAUUCUUGGAUUUUGUGGUUGCCUGCUUACUAUAGGAUUUGUCUUUAGAACUAGUAUAUGUAUUUCUCCUCCCCACAAUUAUAUCUGCAAUGUUACAGAAAUAAUGUGUGAAUGGUAUUGCAGGAUAAUACAAUAAUGUAAUUGAAAUAAUGUAAAUGCAAUAACUAUUUUUGUUUAGGUUUUCAGUUCUUUCCCUCUUGCUAUAAACAUGGCUCAAAUUACUCUGUAGUCUUGUCCUGCGUGCAUAUUACUUCUACGUUAGAUACUGCACAAAUUACAUAGGCUUUACAUGGUUUAGAGGCUAUUCUCCUAAUUGUAGCUAUGUUUGUUACUGUGGAUGCACUUGACUUACACUGGUGUAACAUUAAAUACUAACGAAUGUUCUUGUUUUAAUAUAAAUGGAACAUGAUACACUACAGAUGGUGUCCAAGAUUUUCAGCAGUCUGAAAAGUACAUUUUUAAUAGUUUAACUCUUGGUGUUUUUUUUUUGUUUUUACCAUUCUUUAUUUCUGAGUUUUGAAAGCGUUGCAUGUAGACAUUGAUAACACACCGAUAAAACAUUUUGUUACAUGGUUAACUUUUUGUUUUAACCUAAAUUUUUACUAGACACAAUUUAAUUGAUUUAAAUGGUCUGUGUAAGCACCAUUAGAACUAGAACCCCCCCACCAAAAUUGGCAUCUAGUAAAGCAGGUGCUAAUGGGUGGAAUUAAAGAAGGCAGACCAGUAAUGUAAUUGACUUCACUAACUCUGUGCAAAAGCAGGUUAGUCAAGUGUUUAUUGCACGCUAGGUUGCAUGUCAAUUAUCCGUGUCAACCCGCUGAAGGCAGACCAUGCAGAGAUUACGGUUUCAGUGCUCUUGGCAGGAGAUUCUUAGUGCCCUGAGAAUAGUGGAUGCAUGAGAACAUCAGAUGGUGGACAAAGUAGGGACAGGACCCUGAAAGCAUGACAGUCCCCGAGAAAUUGGGUGGGAGGCCAGAGUCUUUAAUGUGAUAGAGGUUGGCUUUUAGAGACCCUGGAAAAUUAAAAAAAGUGUGUGUAUAUGUGUAUAUAUAUAUAUAUGUAUAUGUGUGUAUGUAUAUUUUAAACUUCGACCUUACCUUUCUAAAAUGUUUAACUCUAGGUAAAAUCAAGUGGAAAAAUACUUGUUCCCUAUCGAGGACCUGCUCCACAACAAAUACCUCAUACCAGAAUACUGCAUGUCCAGCAACAAGCUGUGCAAAUAACAUCUGAUGUUAAAAGUGGUCAGGCCUUUGUAGCUUCAGCACAGAAAAAAGUCACUGGAUGCUUGUCACCUGCCUAUCAUAAUUUUGGACAAAUGGGUAGGACUUUAUUUAUUUUCCUUACUGAAAACAUGAAUGUUUGACAACAUAAUGCAAGAAGCUACACAUCAGAAGUGCACUUUUGAAUAAAGUAUACAGGUGAUUUGAUGCAGGAAUGGAUAGUUGUAAGAGUGCUUAGUGAUAAACAUUUCACAGCAAUUGUGCCAUUCUGGCUCAAAUUUCCUUUUAUUUUGUUUUUCGUUUUGGUCUUUACUUCUGAACACAAAUUUGAAUCUUUUGGUAUGUCUAACUUCUUUAGUAAGUUUUUGUUCACUUGUUUUAGUACGGUUUGUGAUACAUCCUCUGUCAGACACUAUGGCUGGUAUUUUUCAACAAUUCCUCACACUUUAGUUGUCAAAGUGAUUUAUCAUGGUUUUGUACAUGUUGAUAGUUAUGAAACUAUCCUAGUACCCAUGGACGUUUUUUGUUUUGUUUUCCAGUUUAUGUUAAUUUGGUGGAACUUCAACCAGUUGUGCCAUGCAGAAACUCGCUCGGUGGAUUUUUUCAAGGGGGCGCACUUGCCACAACAUUCAGAUCCAAUGUCCCUCAAAAAAGGACCCUUCAGACAACACCAAUGAAGGUUCCAAAUUGGAGUUUUAAGCUGAAAUGUUAACAUAGUAGAGCAUAUUCUGGCAAAUUGUAGUAUUGUAACUCAGGUGUUGCUGGGAAUAUCUGAUAAAAUAAACACAAUUUGUGUACCUUUACAAAAGUUAUAAACUUAUAUAUUGGAUAAAAUAAAUGAGGGCAUAUAACCGGGAUCUCUGUAUUUUAUAUAAAAUGUGUUCAUCUUGUGCUACAGUUUGUACAAUAAAUAUUCCCAUGCCAGCGUGUGUGGCAAUGUUAGAAGAAAUCAAAAUGAUUAAGGAAAUACCCGCACGCCAAAUGCAAUAAAAAUAACAAAUUUUAUGAUGUUUAAAUAGAAUACAAAAUCAUAGGCCAUCCAAUCGAAACAUUGGGUGUUUUUUGUUUACUUGUCAGGUAAUAUUGUACAGCAAUUAAUCGAUCUUGCAUGAAUUACUUUUUGUAAAUUUGGUAUCCAUACUCUUGUGUAUUCUGUAUUUUCUCAGUAUAUUUAAUGUUGAGAUAGAUGUGUCAAUAGUUAUAGGCAUACAUAUGAUUUUGUAUUCUAUUUAAACUUAAUAAAGUUUAUUUUUAUUGCAUUUGGUGUGUGGGUAUUUCCUUAAUUAUUUUACUUAUGUACCACUAGGAAGGGGUGGUCCUUUACCCUUUUAGCACACUACUUUAUUUACAGGUUGUACAUAGACUGGUUACCCCUACUAACUUGUAUUUUAAUGUCAGAAAAAAACUAUAUGCUCAAAGGCUCACUGCCCCCCUGAGUUGAUUAAAUCCCUAGGCUUUCUUGUGGGAUUCCAUCGACUUGAGGAUGGCGCCACUUAGUUUGUCUUUGCAAAAGCAUUGAUCGUGUUGUAAUUUCAAAUGCCCUUAUCUGCUUUUUUGUUCAUUGGAUUUAUUAAUUAUCCUGUGACAAGGUAUAAGCUGGGUGGAAGGAUGUCUUUUGAAUUCAGAAUGUUCAAUAAUUGCAGUCAUAACCUUAUUGAUACACUAAUUGAGUUUGGAAUUCUAUGCUAGCACUUAAAUCGAUUGAGAACAUACCUCCAUUAGCCAUUAAAGGGUAAAGAUUACCCUUGGAUCAACAGCAAAAACAUAUGCAAGGAAUGCUGAACUUGAUGGAUGAAAGUCUCUUCAGCUAUGUAACUAUGUAACAUAAAAUUCCUUUUUUUUUUUUAAUAAUGGAUGGCAAAUAUGUUAAAACAAAUUAUACUUAACCAUUUUAGAUACCUACUCGCAGAAAGCCUUCAGUUGUACAGGAGACUAGUUCUAAAGUGCCACAUGAAACAAGGCAACGCUAUGUUAACUCAUUUGUUGAAGAGUUCUUAAAAGAAUCUGCAACUGUUCAGGAAGCUUUUGAUAAGGUAACUCUUAUUGACCACCGCUUUUCUGCCUACAAAGUAGACAUUUGCUUUGUUUUAGAUGGUUGUAUUCUAUUAAUUUUCAAGAUACUCUUAGCACCAAAACAACCCUUCGCUUAAUUAAUUCGUUUUGAUGAAUAGUUCAUAACCCUGCAAUCUCACUGCUCAAUAUUUUGCUAAAUCUUAAUUAUGGAGCUGUAGCCAUACGCUCUCAGCUAAUCUGCCAACAAUGCACUGCCCAUAAGACAAUGUGAAACUAUUUCAAACAAAAUAAUUUAAGAUUUGCGUGAAAUACAAACUAAUUUGUCAGACAUGACAAUUAGUCAAGCUUUCUGAUCUUGAAGGGACGUUCCAAGAAUUAUAGCGCCACCCACUAUGGAAGUUAUAUUAUCUGUCUUAUCAGAGCCCUCCUCUUUAUGCCAACACAUGGUAGGGAAUGGUUCUAGGAACUCUAGUUUAAUGGUGUCUUAAGUUUCCCUUAAUGUACUCUGCUUUAAAAGAACGGUCUAUUAAAGUGAAGAACUUAAAACACUGGAUAAUUUCAAAUACAUGCUAUGCUAAAGUUGUCUUGUUUUUGUGCUUAGAGUAUUCCUCUGGUGCCAAGGGUACCAACACCUAAUAUUAUUGUGUAUUGUUUCUAACCGAAGUAUUUUUUAUGAAUCACUUUCCAUAAGACUUAUUGCAUAUUGAACUGUUUAUGUAGUUAAUGGAUUCUUUGGUACAUCAUACUUUUGAGGGUUCUCUGAGAAUGUAUAGAAUGGCUUUAAUGGUGGUCUCCUAAAACUUCAUGACUUUGACACCAAACACAAUUGACAUUACUCUCUGCCUUGCAUUUACGAUUUGUACGGAGUGCUUUUGAAGCCGCUCAACCCAGGUCUUCAUUGUAGGCUAUAUAUUGAUGUUUUUCUGAUUAAGAGUUGUCUUACAUCAUAUUUAUUAGGGAUGCGCCGAAAUUUCGGCUGAAAAUGUAUCUGCAAAAAAUUAUACCCCUCCCUUUCAGGGCUGGCGUUGCCAUCAGGUGGGCGCACUGGGGGCGCAAUGUCAGGCUGACUGGCAGGAUGGAAGCGCACUGCACUCCCCUCCAGCUGGUUACUUCUUGUAGCAUGGCCGAGCGCAGCCCAGGUCUUGCCUCCUGCAGAGCCCAGCCUUCUACCAUCUCCUCUACAGGGCAGAAGGAGAAGGCGGUCAUGUGACAGGCACAUGGAGGCCGGCCUUGCAGCAGCCAAUCAAAAGCCUGCGUGCGCCUGAUCUGAACAGUGAUCAGAAAGGUACUUGGUAAUGGAACAGAUUUAUGGGUCUUUCUCAAUGAAAUCGUUUGGGUCUAUACAGGAAUUGAAGCUCUGCAUUUGUGUUGCUUAGGUAGAGCGUAAAUGUGCAUAGUAAGAUUCUUCUGUAAUGUGUUGUCGUCUUUGACACCAGUAAUGGGUCACCUAAGCUGGGAACACCAGAGAGAGGGUUAACACCCAUAUUUUAAUACAUUAAUAAGACUGCCUAUUAACAAAAGGAAAGUUUAAAACGUGUCUGAAUAUGUCUUUACUAUAAAUCUGAUUUUUCAACUGAUGCCCGUCUCAACCAGGAAGUGGUCGGUCUUGUUUCUCAUAGAUUUAGAAUUACUGUGUUAAUGCACAACGUGGUUAAAGGUGUGAGCUCUGUUCUGCAGUGAUGUAAACAUCUUGCCAGUCACAGAUAAAUUGAAUUGACAUGUGAACACUCUGGUCAUUCCAACGUAGACUCAUAUAACCUGAUUUUUGGGACACGUUUGCACAUCUAUUCAGAGUGUGAAUGAAUUAUGGAUAUGGGAUUCUAAUUUUGGGAUGUGUCCAUUGGAUUUUAAUUUUUUUUUUUAUUGAGAAUGGUGCUUAAGAAUACAGAUGGACAGUGACUUAAAAGCAACCAAAGAGCUUGUCAAAGCAAAAUAGUGAAAUAUACAGUCACCUGACCUCAACCCAGUUAACAAGAUCAUUUUAUAUAGGUUUGUUAGUUUGCCCAAUUACUCUAGCCCCUCAAAUUUUGGAGCCUAAACAAAUUACUGUAAUUUAUAACCGUGUUGUAUGAACGGUUACAAAUUACGGUAAUUUGUUUAGGCUCCAAAAUUUGUAACCGUUCAUACAACAUUUUUGUUUAAGAUUAACACGUAAACCUUUUAUUCUGCACUUCAAUCACAUCUUCGCUACUUCAUUUAAAGCACAGGAUUUGUGCAUAUGUCUCCUUCCAUAUACUUUAAACCAUGGGUGUCCAACCUUUUGAUUUAUCUGGGUCGCAUUGAGCGCAGAGGAAUUGUCUUGGGCCACACAUCAAAUAUAGAUUAUAGAUAAUGUAUAUUGAAAUAUCAAAGUUAAGAAAAUGGCUUUUAAAGAUAUAUAUAUUUUUUUUAGUAGAUAGCUCCUUAAUUUGAUAUCCUUAAAUAUGAAAAUCCCACACAAGGAUAACAAAUAAGGGCAUUAUCUACUAAACAUAUACACAUGUGUAUACAUAUGCACGCAUAACCAUGGAUACACACAAUCACCGGCAUGCGGCCUGUGUGCCGUGGGUUGGACAUCUAUGCUUUAAACCAUCAACAGUAGUAGUCCUGUUUAUAAAUCUAACCUUAAAAUAUGUCCAUUCUUUCUUUAUAGGCCUUGAAUGAAGAAAAGUCCAUAUAUGAGCGUUGUGGCAGUAAAAAUAUGUAUCUUAACAUAGCUGUUAACAGUCUUAAAAAGCUACGGGAUCAGAGAAAUUUUCCAAAUGGUAAUAAAAUAGAUAAUUGGUUUUCUUUAAUUGUUUAAAUGAUUGUCCACUUUCUGCAUCUUUAACCAUUCUAUUCUGUUUAUAGGCUCCCAUCAGUCAGGGAGCAGAGAGAAUGCACCUGGAUCAAAGAAACAAGGAGACAGACCUGGUAGGUACACCAUACAGUUGCACACACAUGUGCUUAUAGGUAUUUGCUGAAGUGCAGCUCUGUGAAGCUGCGUUUGUUUGUCAGUGAUUCUGGUGCGUUAUACUUACCGAUUGCGGGUGCUCUAUGCCUGUGCUUUAUUUAAAAAUGCUCCCUGAGCCAACUUAUUAUCUUGAUGGGAAAGUGGAAAUUCUGACAUGUUUGUUCCUUCAAGAAGGUGGAAUGUAUUGCUUUCAUAAAGUCUAAAACAAGCACAGAUAUGACUAAUUAGAAGCAAAACAAGUGUGUGGAAUUUUUUUUUUCUUGCUAACUGAAGUGCUAAUGUGUGCAUCUAAUUUUUGGUAUACCAUAAUAAAAUAUAUUUGUAUUAACGUCUUGUAAUUUGAUGUUUUACAUACCCACCUUAAUGUUCUUUCAAACCUCUUACCAUGCUUAGGGUUUUGAUUUACAUUUUUUUCCUUUUGUAGAGCUAACAGGUGUAAAUCUUUACAAUCUAUUGAAAGAAUAUCUACUGUCUGAUGAGCAGCUGCAAGAGAAUGGGUUUCCUCUGCUUAAUCUUGAUAAGCCUGGUAGUGCUAUAUUGCCUAAUGGAGGGACAAAGCCAAUUGGGAGUGAUGGUUGGUAAACACCACAUGUUUAGUAGUCUGCUUUCAUAUUGAUGAAAAUAAUUUUGAUGCAAGGUCAUGUUAUAGAGAGCACUGUAACUUGUGAGUGAAAUUCUCAGUAGUGCCUAGCUUCAGUGCUUGAGUCAUGCUUUUCAGUAAAUUCACUACUUUGCUCAUACCAUGUAGCCUAGAUUGAUUCAGUAUUGAAUGUCUGCAUUUAACAUAAAUCUGAUCUUUGUUUUCCAUGUUUCUUGGCAAUACACAUAUGGGUAGUUGCCUCCCCAUUAUUUAUCAGGACAAGUAAACCUUUUUUGCAUUUUGAAGAUGCAGGAACACCUCCUGCUCCUUCCCAUAGCACUUUGAUAGGCAGCAACUCAAACUUUUUCUAACUGCCCACAUAAAUGACAGAAGCAGGUAGUAUUCUUGUCUGCAGCUGCUGGUUAGUAUUUUAGAAAGAUUCAGAAUGUGCACAUAUGCAGGGUAGCUGCAUUACUUCAAUUGGAACUGUUUGUAUUGUCUGCAAGAAUAACUGUGUGGUUGUCUUGAAAGUGGGAAUAUUUGCAUGGCUGUACUUUUUUCAAGCUUUAACUCACUUCUGAAAUCUAGAACAGACAGGUUGCAAUGUGGUCCAAAAAUGACUUCACACACGUUAAUCUGAUCCUUUUUUUGUCUUUAAAAGAAAGCAGCAAGAAUAAACGUUAAGAGCAGGCUAUGAUAAAGGAUACUCGCUUGAAUAGCAAGUAGUUUAAUGCCAUUUAUUAUUUAUUUUUAUUAUAUAGCGCCAACAAAUUCUAUAGCGCUGUACAGUGGGAACAUGACUGUAUAAGGCAGAAACUAAAUGUAUUUAACUGAAUGGUGUGUAUAUAAUUGCAAGUAAUACAGUAAACUCUCAAACUAUUACCCAUCCUAGGAUUUCAAUCCUUUGGAUAAAGCAAAACCAAAAAUUUCAAGGCAUUUUUUGUGCAACACUCAUACCAGCAAAACAAAUUAAAUUGGAGCCGCAGCACCAAAUGUCAAAAACUUGAUUUAUUCCACCAGUGUAGACUCUGCAAAGUUUCAUCCAAAAUUCAGGGUUAAUAAAGUCUGACUUCCAGUGUACGACAUAGUUAAAAUGCACACUUGAUUGCACAUAAUUGAUAAAACCACCCAAGGGUGGACUUACUAUAAUACUGUGCCACCAGCUCAUCUUGUUGCAAAUACAGGUCUGUUUCACUUAUUUUACAGCGCUACAGAAUUUGUUGGCACUUUAUAAAUCCUUAUUAGUAUUUAUAUAGCGCCAACUAAUUCCGCAUCGCUUUACAAUAUUAUGAAAGGGGAAUUUACAAUAAAUGCGACCAUUACAGUGACACAGGAACAAUAGGUAGUUGAUGACCCUGCUCAAACGAGCUUACAGUCUAGAGGUGGGGAACAAAUACACAACAGAGCAGCAAGGGUGACAGCCACCAAACGAGGUGAAUAAGUAGCAGAGCUGGAGGUGUGAGUGGAGUGUGGCUCUUUAGGAGAGCAAGAGACCAAUUUGGUUAAGUAGAGAUAAGUUACUCUGGGAGUCCAUAAGCAUUCCUAAACAGAUCUGUUUUGAGGGGCUUUUUAAACAAUUGAAGACUAGGGGACAGUCUGAGGAUAGGCAGGCUGUUCCAAAGGAAGGGAGCUGCCCGCAAGAACUCAUGCAAGUGCGAGUUGCGGACAGGAGAAGGUCACCGGCAGAGUGGAGAGACGAGAAUGGACACCUCUAUGAAUCAGGGAAGAAAUGUAAGAGGGGUUAGAGCUUUAUAGGUAAAGGUUAGUAUUUUGAAUUGACUCCUAUAGGAAGCCAGUGUAAGGAUUGACAGAGGGGCGAGUUAUGGGAGGAGCGACUGGUGAGAAAGAUCAGCCUGGCAGCAGCAUUCAUUACCAAUUGUCUGGAUUUUGGGGAGACAAACUAGGAGAGCAUUACAGUAGUCCAUGCGAGACUACCCCCAAACAUACCAUAAUAAACCGUGUAUUAUAGUAAGAAAAUUAGAUCAAAUAGUCAAUGGAUUAAGUCUCCUUUAUGAUUGGAGUUUAAUGAAAAUAGAUAAUGGGCUCAUGCUAGAAAAAUAUCCCCUGUUAUGAAAUACAGGUCAAAAGGACAAAUAACACUGCAAUUCCACAUUUUUCCAUAAUAGUGUGUAUUUAAACUGUAUGUUUUACACUUGUACUCAUACUUCACAAAUACACUGCCUUUGGGUUGAAACAUUGCAGAGUCCACGUUGGUGAAAUAAUACCCUUUUUGAUAUUUGGUGGUGUGGCUCCAAUUCUUUAUUAGGAAAGGGGUAGGCACUCCAGAUGUGGACUAAUUCUUCCAUAAUGCUUUUGCAGCCAUAAUGCUGGCAAAGCGUCAGGGGAGAUGAAGUCUACAACCUCUGGAGUGCUGAAGGUUGCUUACCCCUGGGUUAUGAGGCUUGCACCCAUAUUCCUUAUUUGUACAUCUUUAGUCAUUUCUGCAAAACAUCAGGCAGCCUGGUUGCAAAAUAUUUUUUGGCAGUAUGCUGGCUUCCUUGCUCCUUUCUACUAGCAAUGGUUGUCAGAUACACUUGUUCAUGCAUCCCCCUCUUCAGCAGUGGGAAUGCUUGUUUUAGAGCUGCAAUUGAAUUGGUCUUCUGCGACAAGGAAACUGGAUGGAAUUGAUUGGCACACAUGGAGCGGAUGAGGAUCCAAAACAUUUAUGGGUAGAGCAGUAUAUAUAAUCAACUUGAGACCAUAGAGAAGGUAAAAUAUUUGUAUACAGGGAUUUAAUGGUUUAGUCCCCCAAUAUGCAGCUUAAAGGGCCACUACAGUCACCAGAACAAUUAACCCUUAAUACAGUUUUUAUAGUGCCUAUAGCAUGUCUCUACAUGCUUUUUUGCUGUAAACACUGCCUUUUCAGAGAGGGCAGGGUUUUACUUUUGGCCCCAUUCGAAAACCUAUGAUGGCCACUGGAGAGGAGACACUGAACUUUCCCAUAGAGAUGCAUUGAUCAAAUGCAUCUGUGAGGAGAAGCUGAUUGACCAGGGUGGUGGUUAACUUCCUAUGGGAAUGCAUUGUGAUUGGCUGAGAUCAUAAAUUUUGAUGUCAGGCAAGAAGGUGGAUUGGGGGCAGAGCCGGUGCUAGAAAUAGUGAGUUUUUACAAUAUUUAAGGGAUAUUCCGGACCCUAUGUUCCUUUAAGGGAGAUGUCUGUCUUUUUAAACUGUUUUUCAUGGUCUAUUGGCCACAGAGAUACAUCUAUCUUUGUGUCCUACAUUUUUAACUAUGGAAAAUAAAAUUGGUGAACAAAAAAUGAUUGCUUGCACUUUUCAUGUAAUUUCUACUAGCUUUAAGAAGAGUUUGUUGUCGUUGUGGAAAAAUCUAUUCUGUGACUUUACAAGGAAAGCACACUCGCAAGGAAGAAUGCAACUACCACUCUGGAAAAGUUCUGAGACAUAGAGGUAUGUAAACUUGACUUUCUUGCCUUGUUGAUCAGUUAAAUUAUAUUGACAUAUGGAAGCAUAAAGUAAAUCUAUAUUUGUGCCCCAGAUAAGUGGGUUAUUAAAUGAGAUUAAUGGAUUUUUUUUACACUAGUUCCUGGUGGUAUCGAAACACGCUACAGUUGUUGUGAUGCCGUAGUGGGUACUCCCGGAUGUCAAAUGGCAAAGGUAAGGUUUUUAAUUUUUUUAUGCAAAUGCAUUUUCAGUUGAUUUAACUAUUCCAAAAAGAGAUCAGAAAAAGAAAAAUAUAAUGGUACAAAUGCAAUACAUUUUUUCAUAGUUAUGCUGGACUUUGCAUAUCUAGUGAGGAAGGCUUUGACUCUUCCCCCAUAAGAUUCAAUGGACAGGGCUACUUAAAGAGACUCUGUAGUCACCAAAACAAAUUUAACUUAAAGAAGCUGCUUUGGUUUAUCAAGCAUGCCUUGAAGUCUCUCUGCUCAAUUCUCAAUUUUGUUUCACUUUCAGAUAAAACCAUUUAAAGUGUGCUACUGUCUCCUGCUCUCUUAUUUAAACUGAUCAGAAACCAGAGACUUUUGAAGGGUCUAGCAAGCUAUUAACACAGCAGGAGAUGAAUUCUAAAUUAAACAGACUUUGCAAUAAAGGAAGUGUAACCAUUAGGUGACUCUUUACAGGAAGUGUUCAUGAAGGCUCUGUAAGUCACAUGCAGGGAGGUGUUACAAGGGCUGCAUAAACAAACUACAUGCCCUGGUAGUAAUUUUUGUAAAACGCACCACCUAUUAAAGAGAAUAAAGCUAAACUAGACUUAAUUUGUCAGAUGCAGAUUCUCGCUACAGUUCAAUCCUCUGCGGCUGGGGAGGGAGAGCAGGCUGUGGGGGGGAGUGGGAAAUGGGGUGUAUAGUCACUGGCUGGUGCCACGCUGUGCAUGCUACAAAUGUCAGAUUUGCACAGGAUUCAAAUUGUUCUGGGCUGGCUAGUGAUGUCCCAAUGGUGUUGCUGCAGAGGGGUUAGACUCUGUGCAGAAUUGCAUAGCGACUUCAGGCACUGUGGCCAAAUCAAUGAAGUCAUGGUGCUUGGAGGAACACUUUAAGAGGCCAACUAGAGUGGUUUUGGAGCUUGCAUGAGGGCAGCUGUUCAAAAUAAUAUGAUCUUGACAUUAGACUUGCGUGUAAACUUGAAUUUUCCUCUUUGUCUAAUAUCUUGCUUCAUAAUUUUCCCUCUAGGUUCAUGUACAUGAUGGUCAAAAAGAAAAUCUGGAUGGCUUUAUAAAGACUUUUGUAAAACUGCAGCCUUCCGAUGGUAAUCCUGGUGUGUAUGCUCUGGAUUGUGAAAUGGUAUGUAUUAAACCCUUCAAUAACCAAAUAGUAUACAUGUUUUUAUUUUCAUGUAUUUUGCAGUAUGAAAACUAGUCCAUAAAGCCUGCUCGCCCUAAUUUAUACUCUAGUUAUGAUUACCUGCCUGUAAAGGAACAAACUUCUGUGCUAGAAGCAACUAUUCACUGCUAUGCCUGUAAAAUUGCUGAAAGUGUAAUUUCAGCUCUUGCUUUCAAAAGGUAAAAGAUCUUUCACUGGGUGAUAGCAUUCCUACAGUUGGGAGAGGAUAGGAAUUACUUUACUAUUUCAUUGUCACCACUAUAUUAGCUUUCCAGAGAUUGAUAUAGUAGUUUAAAUGAAAUGUUUCUAAAAUAAAGGUAUUUCAAUUAUUUUUGCUCUAUGUAGGCAUUGUGCACAAAUCUUUAUAUAUUUUGUUCUACUUUUUUUAGUAAGCUGCACUGCUAGUAAUACCCUCAAGGGAUUUGACUAUUUUUGUUAUUUUGGUCAAACCUAUGGUUUGUUUAUACUAUUUCAGACCCUGUAUAUUGCUUAUUCAAAAUUGUUAUGCUAUUAUUUUUUUAAAACGAUGUCCUUGAUAGUGAAGGGACUAAAUAUAGCUGCUCAUGCACAGCAUUUUAUAGUAUUAAGUAUUUCAAGUAAUCCUAUUUACAUUACAUUGUCUUCUUUAUGUAUAGUGCUAUACUACACAUGGCUUGGAACUAACCAGAGUCACCGUUGUUGAUCCCAGCUUGCAAGUUGUUUAUGAUACAUUUGUUAAACCUGAUAAUGAAAUCUUAGACUACAACACUAGGUAUGAGUUUUUUGUGUAUAUUUUGCUUUUGAGCAUAUUCAGUGUAAUUGAGUCACUGUACAUAACUUUCAUGUAUUUUGUUUUUCAUAUACUGAAGGUGAACAUUUUAACACUUCCUGACAUUAGGGCAUGCUAUGCUGUCCGACAAAAGGAGGACUUUAACUCCAUUAGGGCAGCAUAGCACACUCUAAUCGUGCCAUCCCAGCCCAAAUAGUCUCCUUGCCAAUCACGAUCUGGGAAACCUGCCUGACUUGGUUGACACGACGAUCACACGACUGGCUUGGCUUUUUUAAUUUUUAUUCAUAUUACAUUUUCUUGUAUAAUUUGUGAAAUGAAAGCCCUAGUUCUCCUGAACAAAAUGAUAUAAGCGUGGGUGCACUUAAUAUGAUAGAGGUAAAUAAUGGUUGAGCAGGCAUGUAGCUCAAAUCCUAGGUUUUGUAUUGGUUGAGAACUUGGACAGUUGCCUCUCUCCUUAGGGGGUUAAUGCUGAAAGCAAGAGAAAUAAUAUUGAGUUAACAGUAUGAUUGGUUUUAAGAACAAUUGUGCUAGUGAAUGAAAACCAAACAUCCUGCUUCAUUCUGUUAAAAAAAGUGGUACAGCAAACUUUUCACUGGAUAAAAUUAUCAACUCUAUCCAUUUAGAGGGAUGAACAAAAAGAUAAACAAUGCAUAGUAACAUAACUCAAAUCACUAAAUUGCAGAAUCCAAACUGCACCAGUUUAGGCAGCCUCUAAUUGUUGUUUUACAAAGCUGAAAGGGUAGGGCUGCUGGAUGACUGUAUCCCUGUUCAGUGGAUGUCACCAGUUUGUAUUGGACAUGUGAACAUUUAAGUCCAAAACUGUAGUGCGCUGUGAUGCAUUUAAUCAGUUCCUCGUCUAGUAAAAUCUAUCUGCUGGCCAUGCAUGCAGCUGUUAAAAUCUUUCAAGUGACAAUAUUUAGAGGAAGAACAUGUCCGAUCCAUGUUUAAUUGGUCAAACUGCAGCCUUACUUUAUUUUGAAAGAUAAUCCAAUUGCAGCCUGUAACUAGAUAUCCUUAAAUGGAUACUUUAUUUUCAUUGCAUAGCUAUUGUAUAGUUUAUAAAUACAAGCACAGCAAGUUGAAUGGUAACUGAACUAUUAGACUUGCAAUCCACCUAUUUCCAACAGGAGAAGUGAUAACUUGUAUGCGUUGGCUCACAAAGAGCAGCCACCUACAAGUAUGCUUUGUGUUGUAAUAACUACUCAGUGGUAUGAGUAGGUAUGACCGCUGGGAAAUGUGUAAUUACCAGCCCUGAAGCAGAGUUUCUAGCUCUGUUUUGCAGUCAGUCCUGUGUAGACUUAAAAGCAGACUGCAGGGAUAGUAUUGGAGCUCCAUAACCAUUUUAUUAAGAUUAAAUUUUUGCAUAAUGUCCAACAUUAGGAUUAUUAGAACUCCUUGCAUAUAGGGUAGGUUCUUGUUAGUGGUCUUGAAUUGGACUUUGCUCAACAUAUUUUAUAGGGUGGUGUCUUGUAACAGUUAAAAGUAAAGCGACACAAUGAGGUGCACAGUGAAAAAUGUGGUGUCUACAUUGGUAUCAGCACAUAUUGUGGAAAAGUCUGCAUGAGGAGUAUUUUAAUUCACUUUUUCCCUCUCCUAUAGAUUUUCUGGUGUUACUGAAGAAAACCUGGAAAAUGUCACAACAUCAAUUCGAGAUGUACAGGCCAUUAUGCUCAACUUGUUCAGUGCAGAUACCAUUUUAAUUGGACAUAGUUUAGAAAAUGACCUCAUAGCUCUAAAGGUAUAUUACUCUUGAACUUCCCUGAAAAUUUUAAGCAUUUGUUUCUGUAACUAACACACCUCCCCCAUCUUCCUUCUCCCUUCCUCCUUAAAAAAAAGAAGAGAAAACACUGAAGUUAACAAGGUUAUAGGAGCAUCUGCCUAAUCCUGGUAUGGUGAGGGUUUGUCAGGUGUUGCAAAAGUGAUGAUUAGCAGCAAAUGCAGGGUCUUUAAAUGUAAUGGUUUUAUUUUUGAGUAUUCUUGCAAUAUCACACUGUAUAAUAUUGAAUUGGAAAACUUGCUGGAUUCUUGAUGGAGACACAAGUCAAUUCAGGCUGCAGGUAGGCUUUCAAAGGUUUAGGACUGCACUGAGAAAAAAGUACUGCCUCAGUCAUUUAAGCCUGCGCACCAGAGUGUUAGAUAAGAUUAUCUGAGAGUCUAUGAAAUCGGUCAGGUCAAUCAUAGCUGUGGAAAACUGAAUUGCAGAAGAGGAGCUGUGACACUUAGCUUCCACUCUGCAUCCAAGCCCUGCCCCUAACUACUAUUUUUUAGAUUGGGUUUCAUGCAAUAAUUUGAGUGCAAUUACCAGUUGGCCAUUUUUUAUUUCGGUUUUAUUUUCACUAAUGCUUCCCAUAUUCAUGUGACUUAAUAGCAAUAUUCUCUCUUUACAGCUUAUUCAUGACACAGUUGUUGAUACCUCAAUAGUAUUUCCUCAUCGCUUAGGUUUACCACAUAAAAAAGCACUCCGUAAUUUAAUGGCUGACUUCCUUAGACGGAUCAUUCAGGAUAAUGGUAAGACUCUUCCAGUAUAUUAACCCUGGCUGCACAUUGACUAAAAUGAAGCUUGAAAGGACAUUUCACCAAAAACAUCUUAGCUUAAGUGGAUUUGGUGUAUAUAUCAAACUGUUAAAUUCCCUGCCAUUUAGGAGUUAAAUCCCAUUAAUGCAGCCGUAGUAAUUCACCCCCUGGCUGCAACUCACUUCCUGAAAAAGGUCUAAUUUUUAAAUUGUACUUAUUGCAGUGUGAAGUUUAGAAGUUAACUACUGCUCUGUUAAUGGAACAUUAAUAACACACAGAAAACUGCUGCAAUUAACAGAGCAGGAGAUAAGAACUUAAACAAUGAGUGCCCAAAGGUAGAGCCCCAGAUGUUUUAAAACUACAGCUUCCAUUUCAUUUUCAAGGCAUGCAAAGCAUCAUGGGAGUAGUAGUUUUAAAACAUCUGGGGAUCUACCUUUUGGGAACCCCUGCCAUACUCUAAAACCUCAUCAACACUAACACAGCAAAUUAAUGUUUACCUUCCCCUAACCGUAGAACUAACCCAAUCCAUAACCUUAAUUCUAAGGAAACCCUCUGGACACAAUCUGAUGGAAUCAGUACCUAUAUGACCAAAUCAAAACAGAGCUGUUUGUCAUGUACUGGCUGUUUUCAGCAUUGUAUGUAUAUUCCUGUAAUUCUGAAAAUCGGGUAUGCAAAUUUCACUGAUCAGUGCUGGCAAAGCCCAAUACAGGCCACAGUUGGCAUGGAGAUGUGCUGGAUGACCCUGUCAGGGUCUGAGGUGGUGGUGGUAAUGGAUUUAAAGGGCUCUAGGCAGUGCUCACUUUGAAGGUUGCACACAGCUCAUCAGCAAGCCUGGGGGCGACUGAAAAUGGCACGCGUUGUCAGGAAAGCCGGUUGGCCAUUGAUACCUGGGACUCACAGGUGUGAGCAGGGUUACAUCCCUGCUCACACCAAAAAUGUAACCCUGCUCACACCAAGACAUGUCAGUAGGUCCGAGUACUGUUAUACCUCAUCAUACGUAGGAUGCAGUGAUCUAACAUUGUGAUGGUGUUAAAUUGCAGCAGUUAAUUUGGUAUAGAAAUUCAGAUACCACUGCAUCUCCUCCCCCCUCCCCUAUGCUCUUUCCACUGCUUCCAUUAUCACCUCUUAAUCUGACCAGAUAUAGUUUCAAUGGUGAACUGAAUCCUUUAAUACUUUGGGAGCUUGAAUACAAUGGGAAUAUGGAAUUUCCAUUGGUCUGUUUCACUGUUAGACAAAGUAUAUCCGUUGCGUUUCUCAACUGUUCAUAAAUACAAAUAAAGCAUUUUCUCCUCCACACCACUUCCUGCAGGUGUCACUACUUUGUGUUUUCUUCCAAUCUAAUGUUUCUCAUGGAGAGGCAUCUAAUACACAUUGAGUGGGUAGAUUUUUAUCAGCUGAUUGUAAAUGGCAGGAUGUGAAGUUCUACCCAUUGAUACAUUUUGCCAAAAAUCAGGUCCCACAAGAGAUCCAGAACUCAACACAGUAAAUAAAUAUUCAUUUUACCUUGUGGGAAAAACUCACUUCACAGAACUGUUCCAUUGGAGACUACUUAGGAGGCUAGGUUUUAAGCUAGGAAAUCUUUAGUUGGAUCACACUCAUUGUUGGUCAAACUCAAAUUGGCUUCAUGUCUAUCAGGGAGAACACACAGAGCAGAGGAAAAGAGAAAUAGCCCGUAAGUCAAAUGUUAGUGGACAUAUUUUCACCAACAUCCUUUAACCCUUUAUUGUCAAGUCAGACUGGAGAAAGCUUGUGUAAUUAAAUAUUUGACCCACUGCAAUGGGGAUCAAAAAAUGGGUGAAUACCAUAGUACUCUGAUGCCUCCUAUGUUCUUAGUAUGCAUAUCAUAAACAUCUUACACAGUUAAUGAACAUAUGAAAAUGUGUGUGCUUGUAAAAUGAGCUGCAAAGACUGCCCAAUGCUUGCAUCAUCACUGCUUAAAUGAUUAAACUCCUUUUUCUCAUCAGAAAUAAAUUUGUACCAAAAAGUUGGUGUUUUCACAUAUUGUCCCAAACUUAAGUUUCAGUGCUGUUUGCACAACAGCAAAUCUACUGGUCUUCCUUAUCUGCACAUUUCUGCACAAUAAGGCAAGUAGGUUUAAAGAGAAAAACCUACAUCUGCCAGGCAAAGAAGUAGAAAGUGGAAUUAUGCUCACUAUGUCAAGGCCAGUACACAUCUAGAUGGAAGAGGGAAACCUAGAAUGUGACAGCAGAUGAGAACCAUUUGGUCCAUCUAGUCUGCCCAAUUUUCUAAAUGCUUUCAUUAGGUCCCUGCCCUUAUCUUAUAGCUAGGAUAGCCUUAUUCCUGUCCCACGCAUGCUUAAACUCCUUUACUGUGUUAUCCUCUACCACCUUAGCUGGAAGGCUAUUCCAUGCAUCCACUACCCUCUCAGUAAAGUAAUACUUCCUGACUUUUUUUUUAAUUACUCUUUAUUAGAAAAUUUUAUUUUUAAGUUACAUAGCAAUUCAAAAAGUACAUACAUACAAUCAUACAAAAUACAUCCAAUUGAUAUAGAUAAAUCUUAUUAUAUAAAAAGGAUACUUUCAUUAAAAUAUGACAAUCAGGAAAAAAAAUACAUAAGAAUCAGGAAGUCGUUAAUAUAAAGUAAACAAAAAUCUAUAGCAAAAUAUUGAGAGGUAUAUCAAUGAAAAUAAGCGCCAAAUUAGAUACAUGUUAUCAAUAAUGUAAAUUCAGCUACCCAAAUAGAAUUACAUCAUCCAUAAACACGUCACCCAAAAAAUUUAUAAAUUACCAUAAAGUAGAGAGCAGUUUUUUAACCCCUUAAGGACACAGCUUCAGAAGCUUGACUUACGCUUAAUGACACAAGCAAUUUUUGCAUUUUCUUGCUGUUUGCGUUCAACUGCAAUUUGCAUCUCUCUCAUUUAUUGCACCGACACAUAUUAUAUACUGUUUUUUAAAGGACAGAAAGGGCUUUAAUUUGAUAUAACAUAUAUAUAUAAAAUGCUUACGUAUUAUAAAAAAAUACAGAAAAAUGCAAAAAAAAUGAAAAAUAUUGUUUUUUUUUACAGUUUUUGCAAUAAUAAUGUGUGCAUAAUUAGUGCAGGUUAAGGAAAGUAAUUAAAAAUAAAUUUAUUUAUUUGUUCUGAUUUACAGAAUAUAUAAUGUGUCUGGGAUUUUAAGUUUUUUUUGGUAGUUACAGGUCACAAAGCACAAGGAGUAAAAUAAAAUUUUAAUGUGGAGCGAUUUUAGAAUUUGGUAUGUUUGUCUUGUAAGCUUAAUAGCCAUAAAAGAAAACAAAAUUGCCACACAAAAGUAUAUAUUUAUAUAAAGUAGACAUCACGGGCUAUUUACCUAAGGUUGUUUUGACACUUUCUACGUAGCCAUUUCACCGCCAACCUCUGCUAAAUAUUGGAGUAAAAUUGUGUUCUUUUUGGUUUUUGGCACACAAACUUAUAACAGAGAAAUUCUCGUGUAUAUUUUGUAAAGUUGGUGUGUGCUAUUCCUGUACAAAGUUUUAUUUUGUGUUCAGUUACAUCUGCUGAGUAAAAUGACACCCCCAUUGUAUGUCUUUUGCACUAUUUCGUGAAGUUACAGUGCCAUACAGGAUACCUGUCCUUUUCAGUAUUCACAGUAGAAUUUUGAGAGAUGGAUUUAAUGAGCCUUAGCUUCCAUUUUGGGGUAUUAUAACAGUUUGGCUGUUCAAAAAACCCCCACAAAGGCCUACCAUUUGUAAAAGUAGACACUCCAGGGUAUCUCAUAAGGUGCAUAUUGUGCCUUAACAUGCCCCCAUUUUUUCACCAAUAUAUGCCAAAGUAUGUGGUAAAAAUAAUUUUGUGCAUUUUUUACAUACGGAUUGCAUUUUUGCUGGGCGUUUUGUAUAUUUCAUAUGUGCCACUAAGUUCAAACCCCCAAAUUAUGCUCAGCUAAGUCUUCUGAGUAAAAUGACACCCCAUAUGAAUGUCUUUGGCACUAUUUCGUGAAGCUACAGUGCCAUAUAGGAGACCAAGCCAUAUCCGUUUUUACCAAACUUUGAAUUUUGAUGCUGGGCCUAUGUGCAAUUUCCAAGCAUCUUCGCAGGUUUUAAAUUCAAACUACCCCACAAAGGCCUACCAUUUCUUAAAGUAGACACCCCAGGGUGUUUCAAAAGGUAUAGUUUGAACCUUAGCGUGGGAUCAUUUUUCCGCUAGCUUGUACCAGAUGUAGUGGUAAUAAGCGUUUUUUCUGCCUUUUUGACAUACAAAGUGAGUUUGCACAGUAUAUUUUGCAAACCUUAUGUGUGCUACGACUGUAUAAUACUUCAUAUGUUGCUCAGCUAUGUCGGCUGAGUACAGCAAUACCCCCGUAUGUACCUUUGCUAGGUAUGUGUGGACAUCGGAGGGGCACAUUUGGGACACAGCCAUUCCAGUUUUUUUCAAACUUUGAAUUUUUAUGCUGUGCCUAUGUCCCAUUUUAGAGUAUUUUACCAGGCUAUAUAAUCCAAAUUCCCCAUAAAGCCAUACCAUUUCUUAAAGAAGACAUCCCAGGGUAUUUCAAAAGGCAUAUUUUGAACCUUAGCGUGGGAUCAUUUUUCCGCUAGCUUGUACCAAGUGUAGUGGUAAUAAGCAUUUUUCUGCCUUUUUGACAUACAAAGUGAGUUUGCGCAGCAUAUUUUGCAAACCUUAUGUGUGCUAUGACUGUAUAAUACUUCAUAUGUUGCUCAGCUAUGUCGGCUGAGUACAGCAAUACCCCCGUAUGUACCUUUGCCAGGUAUAUGUGGAUGUUGAAGGGGCGCAUUUGAGACGCAGCCAUUCAGUUUUUUCUAACUUUGAAGUUUUACGCUGUGUCCAUGUUCCAAUUUGGAGUAGUUUAGACGGUUGGUUAUUGAAACUUCCCCACAAACACAUACUAUUUAUUAAAGAAUACACCCUGGGGUAAUUCAAAAGGCAUAUUUUGAACCUUGGCGUGGGAUAAUUUUUUCUCUAGUUUGUUCCAGGUGUAGUGGUAAUGAGCGUUUUUAAAAUGUAUUUUUUUACUUUUUAUAACUUUUUUACUUUUAAAAACUAGUUUUUAAACUUUUGUUUUGCUUAUAAAUUUUUUUUAAACUUUCUUAAAACUUUUUUACAGAUUUAACAUUUUUCUAAGCUUUUUUUUUUACCGUUAACCCCUAACUAGCAGUACAGCACUAACAGUAAAUUCCCCAUUUUCCCAUAACUCCCACCCACCCCAGCUAGCAAAAUAUAUAGUUAUAAAAUAUUUAAAUUAAUUAAUUAAAUAAAUUGAACCCCUGAGGGUUAAAAAAUAAAUAAAAGUUAAUCCUCAGGGGUUAAAAAAAAUUAGAUCACAGUAUAAUACUGUGAUCUCUAUUUGAUCGCUGUAGGCAGUGAUCGACUGGCAGGGAAGGGGUUAAUUUUUAUUUGGACUAGGUAAAGUGUGUUUUUUUUGUUUUUUUUACUUAAAUGUUAUUAAAACAUUUUUUUAAGCUUAAUUUUUAACUUUUUAAAGUUUCUUUUAAAACUUUUUUUUAACGUUAACCCCUAGUUAGCCUAACGCCAAAUCCCCCAAUUCCCCACUAACUUCCACCCACCCCAGCUAUCUAAAUAUAUAAUUAAAAAUAAUUUAAUUAAUUUAAUUAAUUUAACCCCUGAGGGUUAAAAAAAAGAAGAAUUAACCGUCAGGGGUUAAAAAAAAAAAUCAGAUCAUAGUAAAAUGUAAUCCCUGCCAAUUGAUCACUGUAGUCAGUGAUCAAUUGGCAGGGAAGGGGUUAAUUUUUUAUUAAAAUGGGUAAGGGGGGGGACUUUAAAUAAACCUUAUUUUUUUUUUUUACAGCAGGGGGCAGGAUCAGCACUGAUCCGGCUCCCUGCACUUCACACAGAACCCGGAAGUGCAGGGAGCCGGUAGGUGAGUAUAGAGAGCACAUGUGCUCGCUCAGACUUGUGGUCAGAGCGAGCACAUGUGCUGGGCAGCUUGACCGGGUGCUCCCGGUAUACCUCUAAUGCAGAGGCAUACCGGGAGCACAAUUAACCCCGCGAUCGCCGCGAUAGCGGCGAUCCAGGGUUAAUUUUACCGCGUGACGGACGAGGUCCGUCACCCGUCGUUAAGGGUCUCCCCUGUGUGACGGACCUCGUCCGUCACCCGUCCUGAAGGGGUUAACCAAGUUAAAUACCAGUCUCGUUUUUUUUUUUUUUAGAGACCGCUGACCAAUUUUUAACCAUAUCAUUUUCCAUUGUUAGUUGGAAUUUAAUUUGAUUAUUUAAGGAGAUUUUUUGAAAAGGAACGGAAGAUUUCCACUGUCUAGCUAUAAUAAUUUUAGCUGCAAUAAAGCAGUGGAUAGCUAAACAAAUAUGUUAGAUUUAAAAGGCCAAUUCAGGUGGAGGAGGGCCGAAGCUGGAUUUCUGUUUAUAUCUUUAAAAGAUACCUCAUUCAAAGAUAUUUUGGAGAAGAUAUUAUAGGCCCAGUCCCAGAGUUGUUUUACUACUGGGCAGAACCACCAUGUAUGGAUAUAUGUACCCGAGUAGGUACCACAUCUCCAGCAAGUAGGGUCUUGAGAAGUAUACAUUUUAGCUAGUCUUGUCGGAGUAUAGUACCAUCUGUGAAGUAACUUAAAAUGGCACUCAGUCAAGUUUAGACCAUGGACCGAUUUAUUUACUAAAAUUAUAGAGGAAGACCAUUCCUUUGGAGAAAUCACUAAGUUAAGUUCGUUUUCCCAUGUUUUAACCAAUUUAUGGGGAAAGGUAUCGAAACCUUUAAAGAGCAAAUUAGCUACCGAAAUAAUCUUGGGUACAGUUUGAAAUGAAAAUAGAGUUUGCAAUUCUUUAGCCCGAGGAAAAAAAAUUGGAUAACAUGUUUCUGGAUAUAGUGUUUGAUACGAACAUAUGUAAAUAUUUCUUUAGAUGGUAUAUGGAAAUUAUUCACAAUCUGUUGAAAUGGUAGAAUAUUAUCUCCCUGCAUAAAGUCCGAAAAGGUUAAUGUAUCUUUGGGCCAAGGUCUCAGUGAUAAAUCCUCUACAUUAUUUUCUAAUAUAUUUAAUUUACAUGUUCUAGGAAUUAAAUAACUUAAGCCCAAAAUUUUCCUAAUUUCGACCCAUAUUUCCUAACAUUAUUUUUAAACCUUUGCCCCUCUAAUUUAAGACCAUGUCCUCUUGGUGUGGUAGGUUUUCUAAUUUUAAAUGUAGUCUCCUUUACUGUGAUUUCCCUUUAUGUAUUUCAAUGUUUCUAUCAUAUCCCCCUGUCUCGUCUUUCCUCCACCCUAUACAUGUUAAGAUCUUUUAACCUUUCCUAGUAAGUUUUAUCCUGCAAUUCAUGAACCUAGUUAGUAGCCCUUCUCCAAACUCUCUACAAAGUAUCAAUAUCCUUCUGGAGAUACGGUCUCCAGUACUGCGUACAAUACUCCAAGGGAGGCAUCACCAGUGUUCUGUACAAGGGCAUGAGCACUUCUCUGUUUCUACUGCUAAUACCUCUCCCUAUACAACCAAGCAUUCUGCUAGUAUUUCCUGCUGCCCUAUUAGCCUGCCUACCUUUAAGUCAUCUGAAUUAAUAACCCCUAAAUCUUUCUUCAGAUGUUGAGGUUAGGGGACUAUCAAAUAUUCUGUACUCUGCCCUUGGGUUUUUACGUCCAAGAUGAAUUAUCUUGCACUUAUCCACAUUAAAUGUCAGCUGCCACAACUCUGAUCAUUUUUCUAGUUUAAAUAAUUUACCAUUUGGCUUAUCCCUCCUGGAACAUCAACCCUGUUACAUAUCUUAGUAUCAUCAGCAAAAAGACAUACCUUACCAUCAAGACCUUCUGCAAUAACUCUAAUAAAAAUAUCAAAGAGAAUGGGUCCAAGUACAGAUCUGAGGUACCCCACUGGUGACAAGACAUGCUUCAAAUAUACUCCAUUGACUACAACCCUCUGACUGGUGAGCCAGUCUGAUGAUCUUUCAAAAGGUAUUGGUUGUUUGUUUUAAUUGUUAGACUGACAGUACAUUGUUUGGUAAGGCAUUUCAGAUGUGACCAAAAAAACAUCAUGGAUUUAAAAAAAAUUACUGGUAAAGUUCAAGGUGUGGAAUAUUAGAAAGGUCUUACAUUUUAAGACUGUUAAUAAUGACAAACUAGUUGGUUUGGCGUUUAAGGGCCUGGGUGCUAAAUCUUGUUAGAAUCUACCAAUGAGGCAAGACUUGCUGUUAAAGGAACAUUGUUAAACUUCACAGGCUGUCACCCAGGCAGCUGUCCUGUUAUUUCUGGUAGUUUUGCUCCAUGUAGCUAAACUAGAUGUAGGCAAUUGCCCAGAACACCUACCUUGCAAAGUUUUUUUGUUUUUGUUUUUUUGUGAAUUGCAUCACUGAGAAGUCUGUGAUUGGACAACCACAGAAGGUCUGUAUGUGCUGGGGAGAAAGGCAGCUUGCAGUAGCUGCAGAUACUUGAUCUGCACUUAUUCUAGCCAGGAUAUUCUAUGCCACCCUCCACCCCCCCUUUUGCCAAUGAAAACAAAGUAAAUUAUAAGCAUAUUAUCUUUGGUGGUAUAUAGUGUGCGUCUCCCCAGAUUAAAUGUAUGUAUGCAAGAAAUGUUUGUUUUUUUUUUCCUAGGUUGAGCAACUAUAGAUACCUAUAUACAACAGUACUUUAUUUUUUAUUUUAAUUUUAUUUUUAAUACCUUCCUCUUCAUAGGAGAAAAUGUUCUCCUAACUUCAGAAUUUGCGGUCUUACUAUCAAAGAGUGUAAUUAUAAUGUCUUUCUGAAUUACGAUUUUAAUUUUAGAAUAUGUAUGCAUUUAAAGGGUCACUCUACGUAUCCUCAAAAUGUUGCAUAAUUGCAUAGAUCACCUUGCGUCUCCCUGCCCUGAGGAGGUCCUAGAACUGCAGAGUUUUUUUGUUUUUUGUUUUUUAAAUAUUGGCAACACUGAGGUCAGAGCUGCAGCAGUCGGGCAGCUUGGAAUGAGCAUUUCAGGAUGCCUGUGUCCAUUUUCUCCCUGCAAAGCUUGCAAAAACAAGGUUUGAGAGCAGAGAUGCACCUCUACGAAGACUUUAACAUAGCUCGGUUCACUUAUUUUUCAGCCUGAGAAAACUUGACAAAGGGCAGAGGUUAAGUCAAGCGCCACUUCCUUUGUCUAGACAAAUUUUCCCAUUAUAAAUCAAUAUCCUUCAGCGUCACAUUGCAAGUGUCUUGGAAUAUACUAUGUAGGAGCAGUGGGCAUGCAAGAGAUCAGACUUAUGCAGAAGGAAGGGCACCUAUAAGAAAGCUCUGACUGACUGGAAUUACUAAUUAAUGAAGUGGGGGCUGGUGAGAUGGAAAUUUGUUUGGAAAAAUAAUGGCCCUUGACAGAGCUGCUCGAUUUAAAUUUUCUUUAGUCACAUGUCUAUAAAGGCAACUAAGACUCUUCAAGAUUACAUAGAUUCAUUAAUCGAUAUAGAUUUAUACUGAUGUAGUAAAGUAUGAACUGUUGCAUAAAUUGUGUUACUAGAUUAUGCUAGAGGCACAAUUUGGUGUUUGGCAAAAACUACUAAAUAUUGGUGUUUUUUUUGUUUUUGUUUUUUUUUUAAAUACUGACUAGCACAGCUGACUUUUCAGGCACAAAAUAUGAGCUAGGUAUUUAUUAAUCAUGAUUGGUCAUUGUAGAUCAUUUUUUAACCAAUCCCUUUGCAAAAAUCUAUUUAUUUUUUUAUUUUUUUUUAAUUACGGACAGCAACUGUAUGAUCUCACAGCUUGUUCUGACCUUCCUUACAGUAAAAGAGACAAUGUCUGCAAUCCCCAAAGCGUUUAACAUCUGUCUCCUCUAUUUUUAACCACUCUAUCAACUUUGAAAGAAAAUUUUGGUGGUUAUCUCCAAAAUCCUUUAAGUCAUUUGAGGUGCUUUCACUUUACAAUGAUCCUUUUUAAUAAAUAUUUACUUAAAGGGUUACUCCAACCAAAAAAGUGUUUACCUAAAACAAUGUUACUGGCAAUGUUACUUGCUGUGCUGGACUCUUUCUCCCUCCAUUAAACUCCUCAUGCUGGCGGUAGAUGCCAUUGUGCACAGAAUUCACAUUUGCCACCCGUGUUUUGGACUGGGUAAGAAAAGCCCAGUGACAUGGCUUAAAGUGGACUUACAUCUCUGAUACCAGAAAGGUAAAACGCUGCACGUUCAAUGUUUUCCUAUGAAACAUUAGACCACAGGCAUCAUGACCACUUCAAAUCAUCAGUAAGCGUGGUGCUUGGAAUAACCUUUUAAGCAGUGUUUGGUAGUAAUAUGCUCAAAACACUUUUAUGUAACAUGUUUGUCUUAAAAUGUGUAUACACAUUUGCUCAAGAUUUGUAACCAUCCCCUGAUAUGUGCGAUAAAGGAGUGUACUUUCUGGACUAUAUUGACUUUCUUGGUCUCUUUCGGAAGAAUAGUAAAUGUUUUUUAAUGUUAUAAAAUGUGAAGAAAUUGACAGUAGGAUGCAAAAGCCUAACUUAAAAUCUCCUAAUGGUGUAUAAUAAAAAUGGAAAGAUUAAAAAUAAGAAAAUGAUCUGCAUAAUUUAGGUGAAAUUAUAAUAGGAAUACCAGUUGUAGCUUAAUUCUGUGUAUGCAAAUUUAAAAUUGGUUUGUUCAUUGAUUGGAUGGAAAAUACUCUAAACGCUUGGGAUAGAUAGAUCAAAGCUGUUAUAGUCCCUACAGUAGCCACCUUCUCUUUAAUUUGCUGCCAAUAUGUAAUAUUUUAGCAAUUGGAAAGCCUCCAUUCCCUCUGGAUAAGAAAACUGAAUGUAUGUUCUCAUACUCAGGCAUACCAUGAUGACUCGUGCACAUUCAGUCAUAUCAUGGCUUGUCAUAAAGAAUCAUUCCAUUAAAUUAUUCUGACAGAAUAAUUUAUGGAUCCUGGUGUGCACGGCACGUGUCUGUUGUCCUCAGUGUUCCUCUAGGAGCAUGACCUUACGUGGGGAGGAGUUGACAGCCGUGCCAAGGAAGACUUGGUGCUGAGGACCAGGAAUAGCGUAGGGUUCAGAAUACAAAGCUGUAUUCCGAACACUGUAACAUCCUUUUUAAUGUGGGUUGAAUAGGCUUGCAUCACUUAACUGUUGCAAGCAACCCAAAUUACAAAGCUAAACUUUAAGAAAAAGGCAUUAGUUUGCCUAUUUAUAUGUGCCAUAAUUAGUAGUAAAGAAGAUGAAAGUGCACGACUUAUCAGGGUUCACUUUGGAAUGCUAGUUCUAGAACUGUAUUGAAUAAUACUUUCUUGCCCUCCCACCCUCCUUUUUAUUGAUGUGUUUCUUUCCUCUUAGUUGGUGGCCAUGAUUCUAGUGAAGACGCUACAGCCUGUAUGGAGCUGAUGCUGUGGAAGGUGAAAGAAGACACUAAGGGACGAAGAUAA